GUCCAGUAGACAAAUUAUUUUUUUUAUUAUAAAGAUAUUUUAUCAAUUACAUAUAACAAAUAUCCACUCAAGUUUUCCAAAGUUAUGAUCCAAAUUGUCUCCCUCCCUUGCCUUCCCCCUCCUAGAGCUGGCAAGCAAUUCCAUCUGGGUUAUACAUGUAUUAUUAUGUGAUAUAUAUUUCCAUAUUGUUCAUUUUUGUAAGAGAGUAUCCAUAUAAAACCAAAAUCCAAAUAAUUUGAAGUGAAAAAUCACAUGCUUCGAUCUGUGUUCUGACUCCAAGAGUUCUUUCUCUGGAGGUAGAUAGCAAUCUUUGUCAUAAGUUCCUCAGAAUUGUCCUGGAUUGCUGAGAAUGGCUAAGUCUAUCAUAGCUGAUCAUUCCUUAUUGCUACUGCAUACAGUAUUCUCCUGGUUCUAGCAAACAAAUUAAACUCAAGGUAUCCAAAGCAGAAUUCAUGAUCUUUCCCCCCUAAAUCUCCCCAGUACCAUCAUCCCUGUCCCUCAGGCUCACAGCCAAGGAGUCCUCUUGACUUGUUAUUUUGCCCACACCUCCCAUCUAAGAUGGUGCCAAGACCCACGGAUUUCGCUUUAGGUGCCUCUCUUUUGUCAAUUUCACCUUGGCACCAUCUCUCCUUAAGUUCUCCUCCAUAGCAUCUCUUGUCAGUUUUAGCCUGCACAUCUCUUUAUGGCCCCUUCUCUCCUCUGACAUUGCCCCCAUCUUGUGCACACUCAGACUGGACUAUUGCAAUGGCUUGGGGGGGGGGGGACGGGACUCUAGACUAUCUCCCAUUCAGCAGACAGUGAUUUUCCUAAAGCAGAGAGAUCUGGUAAAGUCGCCCUCUUCUCUGUAAACUUUAGGAUUUCCCUAUUAUCUCCAGGAUCAAACAUAUUUUUGUUUGGUGUCCCAUGCCCCCUUCUCCCUCUACAGGCUCCUUAUUCCCCAAUAUGUCUCCCGUGCCACUGGCCUCCUGCUCUCCCAAGAACAAGACCGGCCAAAUCUGAGAGCUGGGUAUUUUCUCUGGUUGCUCCCCAUUCCUGCCAUGCUCUCCCUCCUAAUCUGACUGCUGACUUCACAUAUGGAACAUUUGAUUUUACAAGGAUCCUGAGAGGGAGGUGCUACCAUGAUCCACAUUUUAUGACUCUUGGAAAUUAAGGCAGACAGCAGUUUGAUGAUUUGCCUGGGGUCACCCUGGACAAGAUUUGAACUCAAAGCAUCCUGACUGAGGUCCAGCGCUCUAAUCUUGGCAAUCAGAUUUCGGCGUUUUAGGAAUAAAAGCUGGAGGAACCUCUGGGCCAAGCCGGGAAACAGAUUUUGGGAAACGACUUGUCUGAAGUCACACAGAAAACAGGAUUCGAACACACGCACAGAGCCCUCCUGCUUCGGUUUCUUAACCAAUAAGGCGGGGCCCCGGCUCUAUCUCGAAGUAGGCCCUGCGCCCAGCCGGAACAACAACAACCACAUCACGUGACCCCGACGCUCUCGGAGGACGUCGCCUGACGGACCUCGCUCUCGUCCAAUGAGAAGGCGAGGAGCUAGGCCCCGCCCUGAUUCCGGCCCGGGGCCUCGAAGUAAACGCUCCUCUGCCUGCUCGCCCGGAGGCCGAACGCCACUGCCGGCGUUUAUUUUCGCCGUUCGAGCCGCACCCGCCACAAGCGGCUCCCGACAUUUCUUGGCCCGGUCCGGCCCUCCCAGAGGCCUCCAGACCCUCACACCCCUGCAGCUAGAAUCCGGGAGGCUCCAGCACGCCGGACGUGACGUCACCUCACGGAGCCGGAAGCGGCUCCUGAGGGAGGGAGGGAAGAUGGCGGAGGUGGGCGAGGUCAUCGAGGGUUGCCGCUUGCCCGUGCUGCGGCGUAACCAGGACAACGAGGAUGAGUGGCCUCUGGCAGAGAUCCUGAGUGUGAAGGACAUCAGUGGGCGGAAGCUUUUCUACGUCCAUUACAUUGACUUCAACAAGCGCCUAGAUGAGUGGGUGACCCAUGACAGGCUGGACCUAAAGAAAAUCCAGUUUCCCAAGAAAGAGGCCAAGACCCCCACCAAAAAUGGGCUCCCUGGGUCCAGACCGGGCUCCCCUGAAAGGGAGGUGAGGAAGACCCUGGACCUAUCUCUACAGCCGGCUUCGGCCCAGGCCAGUGGGAAGACACUGCCGAUCCCGGUGCAGAUCACGCUCCGCUUCAACCUACCCAAGGAGCGCGAGGCCAUCCCCGGCGGCGAGCCUGACCAGCCCCUCUCCUCCAGCUCCUGCCUGCAACCCAACCACCGUUCCACGAAAAGAAAAGUGGAAGUGGUUUCUCCAGCAACUCCCGUGCCCAGCGAGACGGCACCGGCUUCUGUUUUUCCUCAGAACGGCUCAACCCGGAGGGCCCUGGCAGCCCAGCCGGGACGGAAGAGAAAGUCUAACUGUUUAGGCACCGAUGAGGACUCCCAGGACAGCUCAGACGGAAUCCCGUCAGCCCCUCGCAUGACCGGCAGCUUGGUGUCCGACCGGAGCCACGACGACAUCGUCACCCGCAUGAAGAACAUCGAGUGCAUCGAGCUUGGCCGGCACCGCCUCAAGCCCUGGUACUUCUCCCCGUACCCCCAGGAGCUGACCGCUCUGCCUGUGCUCUAUCUCUGCGAGUUCUGUCUGAAGUAUGGAAAAAGCCUCAAGUGUCUACAGCGCCACCUGACCAAAUGUGACCUGCGCCAUCCCCCAGGCAAUGAGAUUUACCGAAAGGGCACCAUUUCCUUCUUUGAAAUUGAUGGGCGUAAGAACAAGAGUUACUCCCAGAACCUCUGUCUUUUGGCCAAGUGUUUCCUGGACCACAAGACCCUGUAUUACGACACAGACCCCUUCCUCUUCUAUGUCAUGACCGAGUACGACUGCAAGGGCUUCCACAUCGUCGGCUACUUUUCCAAGGAAAAAGAGUCCACCGAGGAUUACAAUGUGGCCUGCAUUCUGACUCUACCUCCCUACCAGCGCCGUGGCUAUGGCAAGCUGCUCAUUGAGUUCAGCUAUGAGUUGUCUAAGGUGGAAGGGAAAACGGGGACACCCGAGAAGCCCCUCUCGGACCUCGGCCUUCUGUCCUAUCGCAGCUACUGGUCCCAGACCAUCCUGGAGAUCCUCAUGGGCCUGAAGUCAGAGAGCGGGGAGAGGCCCCAGAUUACAAUCAAUGAGAUCAGUGAGAUCACCAGCAUCAAGAAGGAAGAUGUCAUCUCGACGCUACAGUACCUCAAUCUCAUUAACUACUACAAGGGCCAGUACAUCCUGACGCUGUCUGAGGACAUCGUGGACGGCCACGAGCGUGCCAUGCUCAAACGGCUUUUGCGCAUUGACUCCAAGUGUCUACACUUCACACCAAAGGACUGGAGCAAACGGGGAAAGUGGUGACCCCCGCCCCAUGGCUGUGCGGGGCCCAAGGGGCCUCCUCUGCCUUUCAGGCUGGACCGGACAGAACCCCGGCCGGAAAGGGCCUUUGUGAGGAAGAGGCGGCCAGCAGGGGCCGGACCCUGGAGGAGUCCUCAGAGACAGAGCUCUGCCCGCCCUGGCAAGGGCACUGUGUACAGACAGAAGGCUGGGCAGCUAUGUACAGUGUGGGGGGGAGGGAGGGUGUACAGUUGUUUUGUACGGGUGAGCCGGCCGGGCUGCGGGACAGGCUCGGCCUGUUUCAUCGGCAAUAAACUGUUUCUAGGGAA